AUGUCGCUGGUUCAACGGCUCAUAGAAGAUCCGUUGUUAGCAGAUGUUCUUGUGAGCACUGCCCACGACACUCCUGCGGAAGCUGCUGAGGCCUCUCGACUUGAGAAUCUUCAAGCCCUCGUGCGGGACCCACAGCGGCUUCGAGAAGUCAUUGCCGCUAAUAUCGAGAAACAGCUAUGGCAUCCGGGGCAGAGAAAGCGGAAGCACGAAGAGGUAGAAGGUGUUGAGGAAGAAGAGUACCCUAAGUACCAGGUGGUGGCUGUCCCUGACGGCUACCCCACCCAUCCUCAGGAAGUGAAGCUGUUAGCCGAGUUAUACUACUUGACGCAAACUCUACCACUUACCAAGUUGCUCCCCAGCAGCCACAAGGUGCUCAUGACGGAUAACUUUGAGCUGGCGUUGCUUGAAGGCAAGAUCGCGGUGCUAUACCUGCGGAUAGAGGAGUUGAAGCGUCAAGGCAAGUGGUCGUUGCGCCAGCCUCAACGCCACUACGACCCUUUUACCUACGUUAAGAAGAAUAAGAAGAAAGAGUUCCACUGGGACUGGGUGGUGAGAGAAGGCGAGUGGAUGGCUGAGGACUUCAAGCAAGGGGUACGCUGGAAGAAAGCAUGCUGUGUGGAGAUUGCCCGAGCGAUUAAGGCUUACCAUCGCGGUGAAGAUGUCACUAUCAAGACCCGUAAGCCCGCCCUGGUGUUGAAAGAGUCCAGCCGGAACCCGGUGCUUUACCUUGACCCGGAAACCGACUUGUCUAAGAAUGACUCCACGGUGUUGCGCAGUUUACCCAAGUACACAUCGUUCUGUCAAGACUCGAGUGCGUAUCUGCUUCUUAAGCACAUGGAACUGCCCUUGGUGCCGGUACUGCGGCUUAUCCACCCCACGGAAGAGAAUAAUGACUGGUUCAACCUCUACACUCGCACCGAGGAGGAAGAUGACUUGGAGACCCUCAACAUCGAAGCCAAGGAAGCUAAGAUGAUGUGCAAGGGGUCUCCGUUCGGCAACGUGCGCCGGUUCACCCCUCUCAAACCGCCAAAGCCUCCUCUUGUCAAGAAUAUCGAGUUCCGUACUCCGACCAUCUGGCUCCCCCAAGACGACAAGCUUCUCAUUCACUACAUUGCUGAGUUUGGGUUCAACUGGGAUCUUAUCCUGGAGCAUUUGCAAGGUGCCACUCUGACGGCGCUGUUGAAGCUGUACCAAGCGAACAUUGAACGUAGAACCCCGUGGCAAUGUUUUGAGCGCUACAUUCAGCUUAACGAAAACUUCCAAUUCCUUGACAUGAAGGGUAUGUACAACUACCACGCUCAACAAUGGCUUGAGCAAGCGCAUAAGCAACAGCUUACAACGAAACGGCGCAUCUCACCACUUGGGGUCGGUCUGGAGCUGAUCCAACGGGGCCACCGGCGUUUGCGGUGGGCGCUGAUGUUUGAUGCCAUGCGCAAGCUGAUCAAGAAGCGGGAAGAUACCGCUAGGGACCGGUUAAACCUGCAGCGCAAAGCCAGUGAAGUGACGGCGCAGCAAGCCAACAAGAAACAGCUGACUAAUGAUAGGGUGGCCACCCCGGCGGAGCUUUCCAAACUCAAGUAUGAAAACGACAAAAGCAUCCGCAAGGCCUACAUUGACCAACGCGCAACGCGCAAUGAAAUGGCGGCGGCCGUUAAAGGUGGCGGCAAUGGCCCUACUGCGGCUGGUCCCCCAGCUACUGUUUCUACUACUGGCACCAACCCUCAACUGAGUGCACCGCCGUCAGCUCAGCCUAGUGGCGCUAACACUCCCCGAGCGCAAUCGCAACCACCACAACAAGGGAUGACUCCAGUUCCUCAGCAAACUCCGCUGAGAGUACCUCCAGGGUACACACCGGAGCAGUUCCAACAAAUGAUUGCCCUGAGACGCAAGAACACGCCAACGCCGAGUCUGACUCCUGUCCCCACCGCGGGCAUGGCUGGAGCGAUGCCGGCUUCGGCCCUGGUGCAGCAAACGCCGACGAAGCGGCUCCAAUUCGCUCCGGCGCAGGUGACUGCUAUCAUCAACCUGAUUCAGCAAAAGCAUCCUAACUUGUCUAAGGAACAGGUGACGAAGUACGCGGCCCAAUAUUUGGCUACGCUCCAGCAGCAGCAAUCGAACCGGGCGGUGGCUCAGGCGCAGUCCCACGUGAUGGCCCCGAGCCAGUCAACGCUGCAAGCAGCUAUGGCUCAGGGUGCCUCGCCGCGAGUGAUCGAUCCGGGAGCUACUCCCACGCCGCAGCAAUUGAUCCAGCAGCAACAACGCCAACAACGGGCUCGCCAACAGGCAGCCGUGGCCGCUCAGCAACAGCAGAGCCAACGCCAACAAAUGCUGCCUCACGAGCGCCAGGUGAUGAUGCAAAUGCAAAUGCAGAUGCGCCAACACCAACAAUUGAUGGGGAUGCCCCCGCAAUCUCCGUAUGACGACAAGACGGAAUGA